UUCUUAUUUGUAUGGGCCUUUCUUUAAUAGCAGCUCUGUUUUCCUGUACAAUGGGAUUAUGUGCACCUUGUACUCCAGGAUGUGCUGUUCUACACAGUACUGCCAGUUUCUUUGCUUUUUUGUUUGCCGUUGUAGCUGCUUCUGUUUUCUUUUUCGCAGCUCAUCGUGUUGAUAGCCGUUUUGUCGUUCAACAAAUUGGGGAAGCAUUUUAUUGUUAUGUAAUAAGUUGUUUGUUGUUAAUGCUUGUUUUUAUUUUGAGGUUUUUAUUUAAGAAUCUUAAUUAA